AUGGCAGAGACUACGACUAAAACUGAUUCGCCCAUGAAGAAGGCGAUCAUCACCGGAAUCACGGGCCAGGAUGGGUCCUACCUCGCCGAGUUCCUCCUCGAGAAGGGCUACGAGGUUCACGGCAUCAUCCGCCGGUCGUCGAGCUUCAACACCCAGCGCAUCGACCACAUCUACCGCGACCGCCACGAGAGCGCCGUCCGCCUGAAGCUGCACUACGGCGACCUCACCGACUCCACCAACCUCAUGCACAUCAUCUACGAGGUGCAGCCGGACGAGAUCUACAACCUGGGCGCCAUGUCCCACGUGAAGGUGUCGUUCGAGAUGUCGGAGUACACCGCCGAGGCGGACGGCGUGGGCGUCCUCCGCCUGCUGAACGCCAUCCGCUCCGCCGGCCUCGAGAAGAAGACUCGUCUGUAUCAGGCGUCGACUUCCGAGCUGUACGGUAAGGUGCAGGAGAUCCCCCAGAAGGAGACGACCCCAUUCUACCCCCGCUCUCCCUACGGCGUGGCCAAGCAGUUCGGGUACUGGAUGCUCAUCAACUACCGCGAGGCGUACGGCAUGCACCUGACGAACGGCAUCCUCUUCAACCACGAGAGCCCCCGCCGUGGCCCCACCUUCGUCACUCGCAAGAUCACUCGGGCCGUCGCCCGUAUCCACCGUGGCAAGCAGAAGACCAUCUACCUGGGGAACCUCGACGCAAAGCGUGACUGGGGACACGCCAGGGACUACAUCAAGGGGAUGUGGCUCAUGGUGCAGAGGGACGAGCCCAGCGACUACGUCCUCUCCACCGGAGAGUGCCACAGCGUCAAGGAGUUCGUCGAGGAGUCGUUCAAGUACGUUGGCACGGAGAUCACGUGGGUGGGCGAGGGCGUGGAGGAGUACGGGCACGCGAAGGGUGACCCGGAGAAUGUUCUGGUCAAGGUCGACCCCCGCUACUUCCGACCCACGGAGGUGGAGCUCUUGCUGGGUGACUGUACCAAGGCCAAGAAGGAGCUGGGGUGGGUGCCGGAGAUCUCGUUCACGGAGCUGGUCAAGGACAUGAUGAAGGCUGACAUUGCCCACGUUGAUGCCGGAAACGAGCACCUCUAAGCAGACUUGUUUAUUUCGACCACACUCUUCUUCCCCGUCUUUUUUUUUUUGUUAAGACGAGAGGGGGUAGGAACGAGGUGGGGAUGCGGACUGAUAUGUGUGGGGGGCAAAAAGAAAACCGCCCGUUCGUUUUCGAACGACGUGUUUCGGCCGGCGUUUGGUGUGUUCGGGAGAGAGCGUUUCGCCAGCGCGAAAAGCUACAGGCGGAUCGACGCGUGCGAUGCGGCGGUUGGAGUCAUUAUUGCUGUUGCUAUAUUAAUGAAGGGAGGAGGGGAGCUGUUUUUCCGGCGUCAAGCUGCCCCCCUUCUCCUGUUGCGUCCACCUCCUCAAACUAAAGGGGUCAGGCAUGUAUCUUUCAAUUCUUGUGUUUGUUUGGAAGGCGUUGUUUGUUGGGUCUGUCGGGCGAAAUUUUGUCGGCUUGGGCACGAACCAGUGUAUGGUUUUAGUUGCUUUCUUCGCGCCUAAGCGUCUAGUAUUUGUGCAGGCCUCCCGUCGUGUGCACACAUCCAAUACGGACUGCAACAUGGAAUGCUUUUUUUUGUAACGGGAAAACUGCGGGAUUUGUGUCCCUGGGUGGACUAGCUGCUGUAUAGCGUAGCAGAGUCCACCUGUGUAACAUUAGGAGAGCCUGCCGGUAACUGCUGCGUGCAUUUUUGGACCUGGGACGGGGGAAUUGUUGACGGUUUCGGGGGGAACAGUGAGAGUACAGUUGUGGUGUGUCCCCAUGUUGUGCGAAUUGAGUGCGAGUAUUUUGGGCUACAAUGAUGAUAGCGUUUCGCCUUUUUUUGCUGCGAAUGUGCGGGAUGGUUUUCCGUGCUCUUUUUCUGCAAGCCUGCAUCGACUAGAUGCAAGUAGUGUCGGAGGGAACGUGUUUUUGGUGGAGUAAUUUUUUUCUCGCGCGCAUAUCUACAGUACACAGAAAGAUGAAUAGCAGGCCGGUACCGGAAUGUAUUACUUCUUGAAUCGUUUAUGUUGUCUUCAAAACCAUUGUUUCAACUCGUCCGUGUCCUCCACGAAAGUUGCGCCUCCGUCCAUGGAGAGGACCUUGAGUUGAAACACAUGCAUGUUUUUUUUUUGGUGUUACAGGAACAUGUUUCCUACAACCAACCGUCUUUCGGUACGUUCUU